CGAUGAACACUAGGCGAAUGAAAGUAGGUUUUCUCAUUCUUCAGGGACAUGAAAAUAGGUUUUUUCAUACUUCAGGGACAUGAAAAUAGGUUCAUCAAACCUCAGGGCAUGAGUAAUUCGGUCUUAACAGAGAGUAAUGAGUAAUGACAUGGUCGCCUCUGUUGAACCUAAAGGCCAUGGGUGUAGGUUUGUUUAAGCGUCAGUGGCAGCACGGUGGGAAUCUCAAGGGUAUUUUAAACCAAGCUUUGACAGAGGUAAUGAUCCUUUUGUGAUUUCAAUGCCACCACCGAAUGUUACUGGCUCAUUGCACAUGGGACAUGCAAUGUUUGUUACUCUAGAGGAUAUUAUGGUACGAUACAACCGAAUGAAAGGACGGCCCACACUUUGGCUUCCUGGGACUGAUCAUGCUGGUAUCGCGACUCAGUUAGUUGUGGAAAGAAUGCUGGCCACUGAAGGAAUAAAGAGGACAGAAAUGAACAGAGAUGAAUUUAUCAAACAUGUAUGGGAGUGGAAAGAGAAGUAUGGUGGAACCAUUGCAAAUCAGAUUAAGAGACUUGGUGCUUCUUGUGAUUGGAGCAGAGAGCGAUUUACACUUGAUAAGCAGCUGAAUCAAGCUGUAAUAGAGGCCUUUGUGAGGCUUUAUGAGAAAGGGCUAAUAUAUCAAGGCUCUUAUAUAGUAAAUUGGUCACCCAAUUUACAGACGGCAGUUUCUGACCUGGAAGUGGAGCAUUCUGAAGAACCUGGUAUUCUAUAUUACAUCAAGUAUCAUGUUGCUGGAGGGUGUAGGAAUGACUUUUUGACUAUUGCCACCACACGCCCCGAGACUUUAUUUGGUGAUACCGCAGUUGCAGUAAAUCCUCAGGUAUGGUAACUACUGUGAACAAGCAUGCACUUUGAAUGCAAGUUUGCCAACUUUUGCAAGUAUAUUGGGAUGGAGGCUAUUGUACCUAUGACCUUUGGGCGGCAUGUUCCUAUUAUAUGUGACAAUGUAAGGGUUCCUUGUUUGUUUCAAUUACGAGGAUUGACACAUCAGUUUUGGUUAAAGUGAAAAAAGUAACCUUGAUAGU